AUGAUGAUGAUGAUCAUGAUGAUGAUGAUGAUGAUGAUGAUGAUGUGGAUGACAGUCGUUUCUACACAGAACAUUGAUACCUUUCAGCCUGACCCAUGGAUCUCUGCUGGUGUUGGUGAGAACGUGACUCUGAGCUGCUUUACGCUGAACGACGAUAACUCUGGAUCUGUCGUUUGGUACAAACAAAAAGUCGGACACGAGCCUCGCGUAAUAGUCGCAGUUCAACAUGAACACAGUUAUGAAAAUGAGUUCAAACCACCAAAAUUCAGCAUUGAGAAAAAUAAAAAAAGCUGCCAUUUAAAAAUCGCUAACGUGGAACCAUCAGAUGAAGCCGUGUAUUACUGUGGAUACAGAAGAUUCUUAACGAGGUUUGGAAACGGAACAUUUUUAUCAGUCAAAGGUACUGAAGAUGUAAAAGUGAGUGUGUGGCAGCGCGGUGUGUCGGACUCGGUUCCUGCAGGAGCCUCAGUGACUCUGCAGUGCUCGGUUCUCUCUGAGAGCAGAGCAGCAGAACUCCAAGUGCUCUGGUUCAGAGCUGCUACACCACAAUCCCAUCCUCAAAUCAUUUACACUCAUCACAACAGCAGCCAUCAGUGUGAUAGCGACUCUUCUACACACACCUGUGUGUACAACUUCUCCAAGAACAUCCUCAGCCUCAAUGAUAUUGGAACUUACUACUGCGCUGUGCUCCUGUGUGGGAAGAUCAUCUUCGGGAACGGAACAUCAGUACAGAUGGAAAAAUCUACAGAUCCUGUAGUGAUCUACCUCGCUGUAGCUUUGGGAGUGUGUGUGCUUGUGAUCGUUGUUCAUAUCGCAACCUGUAAAGGAAGAAACUGUGAAUGUUUCACUGGGAAAUCUCAAGAAUGUAAAGUAAAGAAAACAGAAAAUAAGAGCCGUGAUGCUGGGGAGCUGAAUUAUGUUGCCUCACUGAUUAAUAAAAAGACAGGAAAGACAGAACGAGCUCACGAUAACAUUUAUACUGAAGUGAUUUACUCUUCUGUGUCUUAGAUAAUAGACGUCAUUUAUUUUCUCAUGUUAGUUACUCUCAUAUGUAUAGUCUUCAUUUCCUGAUAGAAAAUCAUUAA